AUGAUGCGUCAAUAUGAACUCGUUGAACGAGUUACGCGUUACAAUCCGGAAGCUGACGAAGCCUUGCUCAACAAGGCUUAUGUCUAUGCCAUGCAAAAGCACGGCUCCCAGAUGCGGGCAUCCGGCGACCCCUAUUUUUCACAUCCCCUCGAAGUCGCUGCGAUCCUGACCGAUCUUCGGCUGGAUGACGCAACCAUCGCAGUCGCCCUUCUUCAUGACACCAUCGAAGAUACGGACGCGACCCGGGCUGAAAUCGACUCCCUGUUCGGUGAGGAGAUCGGCAAGCUGGUCGAGGGCCUGACGAAAAUCAAGCGACUUGAUCUGGUCUCUCAAAAGGCCAAGCAGGCAGAAAACUUCCGCAAGCUGUUGCUCGCCAUCGCGGACGAUGUGCGUGUCCUGCUGGUCAAACUUGCGGACCGGUUGCACAACAUGCGCACCCUGCAGCACAUGCCGCAGCACAAGCGCGGCCGGAUUGCCGAAGAAACAAUGGAAAUCUAUGCCCCGCUCGCCGGACGCAUGGGCAUGCACGACAUGCGUGAGGAGCUGGAAGACAUCUCCUUUCAUAUCCUCAACCCGGAAGCCUACGAAACCAUCACGGACCGGCUUGCGGAUCUGCGGGAGAAAAACCGGGACCUGAUUGCCGACAUUGAAACGACGCUGACCGAACGCCUCAGCGAACGCGGCAUGGCGGCCGAGGUCACGGGACGCGAAAAACGCCCCUAUUCGAUCUUUCGUAAAAUGCAGCGCAAGGCCAUUGGAUUUGAGCAACUCUCCGACAUUUACGGUUUCCGUGUAACGGUCGGAACCGUCGAAGCCUGCUAUCGCGUCCUCGGCGUGAUCCAUACGACCUGGCCAACGGUUCCCGGGCGCUUCAAGGAUUACAUCUCCACGCCGAAGCAGAAUGACUACAAGUCAAUCCACACAACAAUCGUCGGCCCUUCACGACAGCGGGUCGAGCUGCAAAUCCGGACAAUUUCCAUGGACCGGGUCGCAGAAUACGGCAUUGCAGCCCACGCGCUUUACAAGGAUGGCGAGUUCGGCGGCAGGAAUAUUGCGCGCCAUACGGAAGACUGCCGUGCCUUUGAAUGGCUGCGCCGCACCACGGAACUGCUGGCGCAGGGCGAUACGCCUGAAGAAUUUCUUGAGAACACCAAGCUGGAACUGUUCCACGACCAGGUGUUCUGUUUCACACCGAAAGGCCGUUUGAUCGCCCUUCCGCGCGGCGCAACCCCGAUCGAUUUCGCUUACGCGGUUCACACCGGCAUCGGCAACACCUGUGUCGGCUGCAAGAUCAACGGCAAGAUCAUGCCGCUCGUGACAGAGCUUCACAACGGCGACGAGGUGGAAAUUAUCCGCUCGCCCGCCCAGACACCUCCUCCGGCCUGGGAAGCGAUCGCAGUGACCGGCAAGGCCCGCGCCGCGAUCAGGCGCGCGACCCGCGAAUCCGUCCGCAAACAAUAUGGCGCUCUGGGUGAACACAUUCUGAUGCGGGCGUUCGCACGCGCGGACAAGGUGUUUUCAGAAGAUCUUCUUGAAGCGGUUCUGGGAAGACACCAUCAGUCGAGCGUCGCCGACCUGAUGGCCGCGGUCGGCAGGGGCGAUCUCAGCGCGCAAGCUGUCUUGAAGUCGACCCAUCCGGACUAUCAGGACGAGAGGGUUGCGAUAUCCGGUCCGCCAAUGGAAGAAGGCUGGUUCGGCCUGAAGCAGGGUCACGGUCUGAAGUUCCGGAUCCCUCCCGGUGACCUGGAAGACGGCAAAUCCCGGUCAGACCAGGAAACCGAUCUCGGCGAAGGUCCUGCCCUGCCCAUCCGUGGAUUGUCAGGUGACAUUCCGGUCAGUUUCGCUCCCGAUGGCGGUGCCGUUCCCGGAGAUCGGAUUGUCGGCAUCUUGAUCCCUUCGGACGGACUGACCAUCUAUCCGAUACAAUCGCCGUCGCUCAAGGAAUUCGAUGACCAGACUGAACGUUGGGUGGACGUGCGUUGGGACAUUGAUAUCAACAACCCGGAGCGUUUUCCGGCGCGCCUGGAUAUUUCGGCUGCAAACGAGCCCGGCUCUCUGGCUGCAAUUGCACAGGUCAUUGGCGAGAACAGCGGAAAUAUCGAUAAUGUGAAGAUGGUCCAAAGGGCCUCUGACUUCCACCAAAUGAUCAUUGACCUGGAGGUCUGGGACCUGAAACACCUGAACCGCAUUAUCAAUCAAUUGCGUUCAAAGCCGAAUGUUUCAAGCGUCAACCGGGUCAACGGAUAA